CAUGAUUGGCAAGUCUAGAGUAUAAUCUCUGAUUCUAAUUGGUUGGUCUUUUUAUCUGUCACCCAUCCUAUUCUGAGCUUUGUAGAUAUCAGGCUACUUUGUGAGAAGCAUGAAAGAGAUUUUUCAUGAUGCCAUGAAUUUUGACUUCUUUGUGAUUAACAUACUGUAUAAAUAAAUGUACACAAGGCUAAAGAUUUACACUGAUGUUGAAAGUGCAACUUAACAGCAGCAUUACGUGUUUGAAUGGAACUGAGGUGAGAAACUAAGACUACUCAAAAAAGAUUGAUCAAAAAAGGAUAUAGACAGGAGAAUGCAGGAAGCUCCAGAAGCCCGAAUCUCUAGCCACACUGAUGGCUCUGCUGCUGCCCUUAAUGCUAGAAUCAGAAGAAAGCUCCAAAACAGAUCUUCAGAAGAGAAACUACUAUAGCCUCCAGAGCAGAAGCUUCUGCAGUGUGAACAAAAGGCAAAGAUGCAUAGCAGCUGUCAUGAAUAUAAUCAAGCCCUCUCGGAUCUCAGGAGGUGUAUAGCUCUGGCAAGAAUUUGCUAUGGAGGCCAUCACUGGAAAAUGGCAGAAGCCCCUGUUAAUUUGGCUCAGGGAUACCGCCAGCUUAAAGCAUUACUCAGAUUGAAAGAUUCAGAGAGAAAUUUAAUAAAAGCUCAGUAACUUUCAGAGGAACUACUACAAAGUGAUCACAUGCCACAGGACAAAUGGAUGGAAAUCAAAGCAGCAGUUGAGUUGUCGUUGGCACAAUUAUACCAGUGUCAGAAAAGAUCAGAAGAUGCUAUUCUCUGCUGUCAAAAAGCUCUGAGCUAUAUUGAGAGGAGUAAGGGUGAAAGCAAUCUGGAAUGUAUUCCUGUACACAAGAAAAUGGCAGGAGUAGCAUGGGUUCUUGGGGAUCAUGCAACAGCAGUCCAGCAUCUUGUAAAGAUAAAGAAGGUUUCAAGCUUAAAUUGGGGUUUAAUGUACAGAUAUUACAAGCGCCUAUAUCUUGAUAAGGCUCAUUUCAUUGCACUGAGAAAAAGCCCUUCUUCAGGAGAAGCAGCAGAAACUGCUCACUUGGUGGCACAGGCUGCAGUUUCCUCUAAACGACCAGAGCACUAUGGUGAAUUUCUUUUGAAAGUUAUGAAUUGUUAUCAUACUGUCCUGCUUGUAGGAAUGCACAUUUCAGUAAAUGCUGCACACUGUAUCAUGACUUCGUAUGACUGUGACGUCGUUUCUCAAGGCAUACUGGAUGCUUUCGAUAUGUAUCACCCUCCACUUAAUCCUUUGCCUUUUAUGAGCAAUAGCUAA